AUGCAUCACUUGCCGUAUUAUUACACGUCGGAACAAAUCAAGUCCUAUCAGAACAGUAUGUUAGCAGCCGCUGCGUCCGGGAAUCAGUCUCUCUUCACUAUUGAGAGUAUCUUGGCCCCACGACCCCUUCUUACUCACAGACCAUCUCCUUAUUUCCCUUAUCCUAGUCUUCAUCAUUCGGCCCAGGACUUGUUCGCUGCUACAUACAACCCUUUUCCCGGUCUGAUGAACCCAGCUGAUCUGGCACGUGCUGGCCAGAAACGGAAACGACGUCACAGAACAAUCUUUACAGAAGAACAGUUAGAGGACCUAGAGGCCACCUUCAACAAGACACAUUACCCCGAUGUAUUACUGAGAGAAGAACUUGCGAUGAAAAUAGACUUAAAAGAGGAGAGAGUUGAGGUUUGGUUCAAGAACAGGCGUGCAAAAUGGAGGAAAGUCAAGAGAGAGGAAGAAGCCGCUAGGAGACUCUCUGAGGCAGCGAAAAACGGCGAUCUGGAUCCUAAAUCAGACAAAAGUGAAAACGAGACAGAAGCCUCAUGUGGUUCACAAAUCAACAAGAGUACUGACUCAGAUAGUGAUUGUUUUUCUCACAGGAGUACAGACUCACCAAAAAUAGACAUUGAAAAUGAGAUACUGGAGUCUGACGACGACGAAGCAAACACUACAUCCGAUGCCCGCCUUUCCUCCAGUCCGGUUCCGUGUUCUAGUCAUUCACCAACGUCAUGA